AUGUUCCUGGUUUCUUCUUCAGUCCAUGUAGAAACACCAGAGGGCGAACGCAUUGGGGAGGUGAACAUGAACUGGCAUAUGUGGAGACGUCGAUAUUCUCUUUACGUCCAGAAAGAGCAGUUCGCGGAGGUCAAUUCAGGAUUUCUUGCUGUUGACUUUGACAUGCGAGAUAUGGAUGGGAAAAAGAUGGCCUCUGUUAACAAAGAUUUCACUGGGUUUGCGAGGGAGCUCUUCACAGAUGCGAGGCAGUAUGUCUUGCGAAUGGAUCCUUCAUAUGGGCUGAGCCAUGACGCUAAUCUUGUGAAUGAUGCGAACACGAUUAACCUCGGUCAAGAAGAGUACAGUGAUACCAAAAUGGGGCAGCGUGAACGGGCUGUUGUUCUGGCUGCGGCGCUUGCUAUUGACUUUGGUAUGUUUCUUUCAAAAAAAUCAAGUGGAUGGCUUGACGUUCAAGCGGCUUUGUCUCUCAUUGUCGAAGUAAGACUCAUCGAUACUAACUGUUUGUUACCGCCAUGUUUAUUUUUCUUUUCCGCAUGUGCGCGAAUGGUUGCGCUUUCCUGA